UCGACGCGUCAGUGCCACACGUCCCACCCCGAGGAAGGAGAUAACGCUGCCUUUUGCUUGCAGCUAGGCGACUUGAGAAAGUUAAUGGAUUAACUGCAUGUGGCCAUACUCUGUGAUUAACAAAUGAAAAGCUAAUUUGACCGCUAAUUAAUCCAGUUUUAGGGUCGUGCUUGCAUGCUUACUGAUAGAACAGGAACAUUGCGAAGUGUGCAAUCAAAGCGGAUAGUCAGCUAACAUUAGCUAGCCAGUUAUAGUAGCGUUAGCCUACUCGGUUAUGUCUGCAAAUGCUGAUUCUGGGAGUGUAGGCCCAUCGCUUUGUAAAGUGGACAACUUGCAUCAGCAAGUCCUUGCGUCCUUUCCGUUGUGCCAGAUGAUACGGGAAGACUUGACCCAAAAUCCACGAUUCUGCAAGCUCCUGGCAAUGCUGUCACAGCAUGUGGAAUGCCAUGGUCUGACUCUCAAACUGGAGAAAGAGUUGGAAAUGGCUGAGAGAGACCUGCAAACACAGAGGCUGAGGUGGCUGUGCUCAGAAAGCCUGCACAGGCUACUGCGGGAAAUGGUCUUUGAGCACUCUGUCAGAAAGCACCUCUCCAAUGUCCCAGCUGAGGAUGACAUGUUCUAUGAGACAAUGAAGCAUAACUUGCUGGUUGGUCAGUGUGUCAGGCAGCUGGACCUUAGUGAUUAUUUUAAGCAGGACUCACCCCCACUGCUAGGACUGGAUGCCCAGCAGAUUCUAGACCUAGCAUCUACACAGAAGGAUUUGUGGAAAACAAGGCAAAGACUGUCCAGAGAACUGGAGAAGCAUUUGCUUAAGAAGUGUUUCAGCCUUCUGUCCUACUAUCACCCUGGGGAAGAUGAGAGAGAGGGAGUAAAGAACAUGAAGCUGUUACAUCUUUCUGGGCAGCUGGAUGGCAAGAUCAAGAGAGUAGUGUGUUUGAAAGGGAAAAGCUAUGAGAGCGCAGCCCUACUGCAACAGCAGACGUGCUGCUACAUCUCUGAGCUGUUUGGGUGCAUCCAGAUUCUGCAAUCUCUGAUCCUGGACCACAGGUUGAAAGCACAGAAGGAAAUAGAUAAGAAUAAGAUUGAAUACUUUGAGGCCAAAUGUGAGAUUGUCAUCCAGAAGAUCCGAGCAGAGAUGAUGGAGAUUCAGUUGGACACAUACACCGAAGACACAAUAUCAGCCCACAGAAAAAUCACAGAGAAGCUGGAAGCAGAGCUGAAGGCCUCCCAGGGAGAGAAACAUGCAGUAGACUCAAUGUUGUCUUCCUUUGAAUUCUUCGGCAAGGAAUUUGAGGUUUUGGCAGAGGAGUACUCCAGACUGCGCCAGGAGAUAGACACCAAGAAUUGGGCUUUAAAAGAAUUCUCCUACCCCACAAACUAGGGAAACUGACAAUUGACAACAACUUGCCAAACGCCUGUUUAGAGCUCAGGCCCAAGCAUCAAUUCAUUCACAGAAAAAGAGAAGCAGUGAAAGCUGUUGUAGGCUAAUUAAAGAAAAGUGUUACUUUUCCUCUUUUCCAAAAAUUCUUACUCCAAUUCACUCUACAAAUUCAUCAGCACAAUUGAUUCACAAUUUGGCAAAAUAUUUCCUUGAGCAGUUAAGCUUAUAGUAUGUAGAUUCCAUACAGUAUGCCAGUCAUUUUGUAGUUUGCAGUAAACUUGUCACAUUCAAAUCAAAGAUUUGAAACUGUACUGAUGAAAUGCAUGCAUUAACCCCAUCAAUAAUUUUGUAUAAAUUAUUUGGAAUAUCUAAUUAAAAUUGGUAUCGAAUAUGAGUUUAAAUAAAUCUGAAUUAAAUCAAAA